AUGAUUAACUCUGGAAUUUCUUUUGCCGCUUUCUUGGCGAUUUUUUUCGCUUUUAAGUGUGUUGUCGGCGUCAACAACACAAACGCCGGAACAAAUCAGAGCAGUCAAAGUUACAAAGGCAAAGGAAUCGUCGGCGAAGGAAACAAAAGUACUGUAAACUUGUGCCAUGACAAAGAAAUUAAAACUGCUCUAAGUCAGAUACAAAAGAGUUUAGCUUCUUUGGAAGAAAAGAUUUCCGCGAUGCAUCCGAAUCGACGUGGUAAGUAAUACUUACUGGCUAUAUUUUUAUGUCGGUAAGCUAUAAGGCGACAAAACAGUCAGGAGUCUAACAUGAAUGCCAGCGAGGUGACCCUUUAGUGUGUUACUGAGUGAUUUGUUGUGGACCCGAGUAACUUCUUUACUUUUUGUUUGGAGUUUUGCACUGAACGGCCAUCGGAUGAGUUCUUUUUUUUUUUGCAGAGUCUGUUUCAGACAUUUGUAUAAAAAUUUUUAUAAAAUGAAAGAGGCUCCUUAAAAAACUUACAUUCUCCACAGAAACAUAGUUCCCUGUGUAUUAUUGAUAUUGUUGCACUGAAUCAUCUUAACCAGCUAGUAAAUGCUUAUCCUGAAUUUCAAACGAUUUUACUUCCUCAGUAAAUUGUCUUCAGUUUUGACUGCGCUGAACUUUUAAAAACUGUCUUCGAUAGACUAUAGAGUUUAGUCGGUAGGUUUUAACAAUUUGUAGUUGCAUAGUUUUUUAAGGGCUUUAAAAAGCCCUUACAUUCAUGUUUGUAAGUUAUAAAGUGAGACCAAAAUCACUGAAAUGGUGGUUGGCGUUGCUUUAAAGUUUAACUUAACAACGGAAUAUGGGGGUCCGUUUAAUAGAAGAGUCACGUUUGAAGUUCUAUAUUGAUACUAUAUGCUUGGUUUUGUCGGAGUAUGACUUGAAUUACAGUAGACAGUAUUGUUCACACUUUGAACGGUUUCAUUUUUGUUGAGCUUAGCUUAUAGCCUCAGUCAGCUGGUUAAAUAUUGUAGGGUUGAAGCAUGUUACAAAUAUCACUCAAAUUUUUUUUCUGUCUUCUAAAGCAUGCAUGUUCGACUUCGAAACGGGCUUGAGUGGUUGGAAAAUGAAUGGAACAGCAUUUAACAAUCAACCUACCUACGGUGACAAUCCAACAGCUCGCAAUAGAGGACAACCUGCCAAUCAGCAGGGGGACUGGUGGAUCGGAGGGUACGAAAACAGGCCAUCCAAGGCAGCAAAACCUGGAGCAAUUCAGGGAGAUGGUCCCCAAGGAACUCUUGCUUCCCCGUUCUUUAAGAUCGUUGGCAAACGGAUCUCAUUCUUGAUUGGAGGAGGCUGUGACAUUAAGAAAGUUCGUGCUGAGUUGAUUGUUGAUCACCAAGUAAGACAGCCUGACAGAAUUGCUUUCAGUUUUUAGUUUGUUGUGGCAUAUUUAUUACUUCAGCUUCAAACUCGGCUGGGUAAUAUGGUAAUAGGUGCAGCACCUAGCGAUUAACAUUAUAUAUUUUUUUAUGCUCUACGAAUGCCUAACUGUGUUUUGCUGAAAUUUUUGUGAUAUAAGACAAAAUAUUUCCGAGGUUAAUGAAUAUUGAAUGUUCAGUGUCUUUCACAUGUUGCAAAAGAGUCCCUUAGCUUGUCAUCAGUCAGUUUGAGGGGUCUCUUGCAAGAAGCUGAAUUGCAUCUGCCUCUCUUUUUCAGGUUGUCAAAAGUUCUACUGGUUCAUGUACUGAAACCAUGUCUCGCAAAUUCUGGGACGUUCAUGCCUUUGUUGGUCGAAAAGCACGUGUCAAAUUGGUGGACUACAGCAGUGGCGGAUGGGGUCACAUCAAUUUUGAUGACCUCGGAGGCGAUAUCAGCUGCGGGCAAAAAUAA